CAUGCAUUCCAUCACAGAAUCAACGCGAGUUUCCUUCUAAUCUCUCUCACCUUUAUCCCUGGAAUCGCCGCCGUUCAAAUUUUUAAACCCACAAAAGCCUCUUGCGUCCCGAAUCCCCAUAUCAUCGUUCCUGAGAAUUCCCACGCGCUCACUCACUCUUCACCUACAGGAACAAAAAUCCAACCUCCUGUGUGUCUCUUUCUAUUGUAUUCGUAACUGUAAAACCUCUCUUCACUCUCUCACUGUUCUAUAAAUUUUCUAUUCCUUCUCUGAGAGUCUCAAAUUGUUCUCUUUCAGUUUUUCUUUCUCUUUUCUCUCAGAGGAACGGUUUCUCUCCGGUUUCUUGCCUUCCAAGCAGCAGCCAUGUCAACCCAGGCGAAACAGCACCGCAUAGGCUACGCACUGGCGCCCAAGAAAGUGCAGAGCUUUAUCCAGCCAUCCCUCAUUAGCCUCGCGAGUCGCCAUAGCAUCGAUCUGGUCGCUAUCGAUCCUUCGAAAUCCCUAAUUGAACAAGGGCCAUUCGACUGUGUCAUCCACAAGCUGUAUGGUUCAGAUUGGAAGCUGCAACUGGAGCGUUUCUCUUUGGAAAACCCUAAUGUUCCCAUUGUUGAUUCUCCUGAUUCCAUCGAGAGGCUGCACAACCGGAUUUCUAUGCUCGAAGUAGUCGGUCGGUUAAAGAUUUCCAAGAGAAGCCAAGUCUUGGAGGUACCUAAACAGGUAGUCGUUUUGGACUCGGGGAAUUUGAAGGGAAAUAUUGUAGUUGGGGAGCUAGGGUUUCCUUUACUAGCGAAACCUUUGGUGGCUGAUGGGAGUGCAAAAUCGCACAAAAUGUAUCAAAUUUUUGACAGUGAAGGGUUGAAGAGGCUAGAUACGCCUAUUAUCUUGCAGGACUUUGUAAAUCAUGGUGGGGUGAUUUUCAAAGUUUAUGUUGCUGGUGACUACGUGCAAUGUGUAAAGAGGAAGUCGCUUCCUGAUAUAUCGCAGGAGAAAUUAGCUACAUUGAAGGGUUCUUUAUCAUUUUCUCAAAUAUCGAAUUUGACUGUGGCGGUGAAGAAUGAGUGCUUUGGUGAUGCAGUCGAUCUCGAGAAAGUGGAAAUGCCGCCAUUGGGAUUUUUGGAGGAGAUAGCCAGGGCGAUGAGGCAGGAAACCAGGCUUAAUUUGUUCAACUUUGAUGUGAUGAGGGAUGCUAAAGAUGGCAAUAGGUAUCUUGUCAUUGAUAUAAACUAUUUUCCUGGUUAUGCCAAGAUGCCAAAUUAUGAGUCUGUUUUGACAGAUUUUUUCUUGGAUCUUGUCCACGACAAAAAGAGUAGAGAUAUGCUUGCUGGAAACAUAGACGAUGGGGAGCAGUAACGCAAUAUUGGUGGGCUGAAGGGAAACAAUGAUUGAAUUUGCUCUAUGAAUGAUGCUUUUGAAGUGCGGAUGUCUUCGCGGUUGAAGGACUCAUCAUCUUCUGGCUUUGGAAGCCUGUUUGGCGUUUCGUUCUUAUUUUGUAUAUCCCGCCUAUCUGCCAAAUAGGUACUUUUUAAAUACUUGAAGUUUCUGUAAGGACAAAGCUUGAAGAAAAAUCUGUUGCCAUUGUAGCAAACCUUGUGGUUGUGUGAAGAAAUGUUGGGACCUUUGAUGCUAAUUACCGUUUCUUCCAUAUUUCCUUUUUGCCUUGCUUUGUAAGUGCUUAGUUCAGUUUUGAAUUUUCCUUUAAUAUCAAUCUUCAUUAGUGUUGCUUGUUUUGUUUUUC